AUGAGCCCUUGGAAUGAAAACACGGAGCGAAAGCUCCUUCUAUGCCUGAUUGACCCUGAGAAGAAACCAGACUGGACGGUUGUUUCUGGUAACAUGGGCGAGGGCUUCACGAGUGAAGCAUGUCGCUCAUUUCAAAUUCUCUACAACUACCAUUUGAUCUACAUUAUGCCUUUCAAAUGGGACCCUGUCGCGGAGCGAAACCUCCUGCUCUACGCUCUUUCUGAGAUGCAAGGUCCUACCGCCAGCAUCUGGCCUAGUGUUGCAGAUAAACUAGGUGGAGGUCUUAAUGCCAAUGCCUGCAGUCAGAAGUUCUACAAGUUAAAGAAGGAGUCGGAGAGUCUUCUCAGCGGCGAUGGCACAACUACUCCAUCCAAGGCUUCCACUGCAACACCCCGCGGCAAGACCACUAAAGCAAAAGCUACUGGCUCUGACGCUACUCCCACUAAGACUCCGGCCAGCGGUAAGCGCAAGCAAAAAGCUAGUGCAACAGACAACAACGCUGCUACGGCCCCUUCAAAGAAAAUCAAACAGGAAGUCCACGAUGAGUCUGAGGCUGAAGCUGAAGCUGCUGGAACCGAGGAAUCAGCAACUCAUGUGAAGGAAGAAACCAAUGAUGCUUAG